AUGCUCUCCCGCCUGACGAGCAUCGCCCCGAGCCGCGCGGGCCUCCGCUUUGCGGCCGCCCUGCCCACCAUGGUCCAGCGGUCGCUCUUCAUCCAGACACAAUCGACGCCAAACACCGAUGCGCUGAUGUUCCGCCCCGGCCAGCCGGUCAUGACCACCGGCAACACGGUGGACUUCACGGACGCCACGCAGGCCGGGCCAUCUCCCCUGGCGCGGCGCCUCUUCCGCAUCGAGGGGGUCCGGUCGGUCUUCCUCGGGCCGGACUUCGUCACGGUCACCAAGCACCCGGCCGACGAGUGGCAGCUCAUCAAGCCGGACAUCUAUGCCACGAUCAUGGAUUUCUACACGGCCGGUGGCCAGCCGGCCUACAUCGAGCCCAAGGGCGAUGACGCCGACCCGGAGGCCAUCCAGGAGGAGGAGGACGAGGUGAUCUCCCUGAUUCGCGAGCUAUUGGACACGCGCAUUCGCCCGAACCUCCAAGAGGAUGGCGGCGACGUGGAUUUCAUUUCCUUCCGCGAUGGGAUUGUUCGGCUGAAGCUGCGCGGCGCGUGCACCACCUGUGCCUCGUCCACGCAAACCCUGAAGCACGGCAUCGAGAACAUGCUCUGCCAUUACAUCCCCGAAGUCGAGGGGGUGGAGCAGGUCCAUGAUGAGCUCCUGGACCAGGUGUCCUCGGAGCAGCUGCGCAAGCUGGAGGAGCGCCUCGGCGAAUACAAUGCCCAGGCCGAGGCCGAGUUCGAUGCGGCUCAGGCCGCCGAGGAUGAGGUGAUGAAGGCCGCCGCUGCCGCGGCUGAGGCCGCCAUCGAGGACGCUCGCCGCGGGGGUGCCCCUUCCGGAGGCUCUGCCUGA